AUGAAUUAAAAUUUUUAAUUUUAAUAGAAAUAGAUUUUUCAAUGUAAGGAUCACCCUUAAGAACCUGCUUAAUUUUGGUGUAAACAAUCCUAUUGUUAAGAAAACAGAGUUUUUUGCAUUGUUUGCCAAAAAGAAAAGAGUAUCAAUUCAUAACAUGAAGAUUCUUUGAGGGGAAAAGCUAAAUUAAAUUUAAUUAAUUAUAGGUGAA